UUCUUAAUAGGUAAUACAGACAACAAUAAAACCAGGCAGAGGUUCUAACCCUUUCCCCACAUUUAGGGCGUAUUAGAUUGAAGAUUUUCAUGCAUGACUAGAGUGUCAUAAAACAUAAACCAGUCCACAAAGCAAGUAGAAGCCAUAACAGUCAUUUAACUGCAAUAUUAUAUUAUGUUCAUAUUAUCCAAUGGACGCAUUCUUCUCACCUGAUAGAAGUCAACCAAGGUAAUUUGAUAUUAUUAGGACAGGUAAACAUGUCAUCCUUUUGGCAGUCAGCAUUCCAUAUCAGAUCAGGUGGGAGACUUCAGUGUACAAGAACUCAGUUCAAAUGUCAGCAAUGCCAAAAGAUAGCUGGCUCUUGUGAUCUAUUUAGUGCGCCAAUUUCAUGCCUACUGAGCUGUUCCCUUUAUAAAUAAGUCUGUAGCAGACUGAAAUAUUAUUACCUCCAUUGCAGGAGAGCAUAGUGCCGACAUGGAGAUCUUGAGUACAAGCACUCUGUUAUUAAUUGUCUGUUUGAUCUUCCUGGUCCUAAGUAUCACACAUGCCAGGAAGCAUCAGAGCAAAGGUAGGCUGCCGCCGGGGCCCACCCCAUUGCCCAUUAUCGGGAACAUUCUGCAACUAACUGGAAAAGACCUCUUCAAGUCACUCAAUAAGCUCAGUGAGAAGUAUGGCCCAGUUUAUACCAUGCAUAUGGGCAUGGAAAAAGUUGUAAUGCUGUGCAGCUAUGAUGCAGUCAAGGAGGCCCUUAUUGAUAACGCAGAUGAUUUUGGUGCUCGGGGAAGCAUGCCUCUACUGGAAAGGAUAAGCUCAGGAGGACAUGGAGUGGUCUCCAGUAACGGGGAACGUUGGAAACAGCUACGGCGAUUUUCUCUGAUGACCCUCAGAAAUUUCGGAAUGGGUAAAAAAAGCAUUGAAGAGAGAAUCCAGGAAGAGGCCUAUUUCCUUACAGAAGAAUUUAGGAAAACCAACUGUAAGUCUGUGGAUCCAACUUUCUAUUUUGCCAAAGCAGUUUCAAAUGUCAUCUGCUCAGUGGUGUUUGGAAGCCGGUUUGAGUAUGAAGACAAAUCGUUUCUUCGGCUUUUGGCCCUUUUACAUGAAAGUUUUAAACAUUUUAGCUCUAUUUGGGGACAGAUGUACAAUAUGUUUCCCAAAGUGGUCGGAAAGAUUCCGGGACCUCAUCAAAAAUUAUUUAAAGCUGUUCAUGGCAUGCAUACAUUUAUUGAAGAAAGAGUGAAAAUGCAUAAAGAAUCUCUGGAUCCAGGUUCUCCUCGAGACUUCAUCGAUUGCUUUCUCUUGAAGAUGGAGCAGGAAAAAGAUGUGCUGCAAACUGAAUUUCACGUGGAGGGAAUUGUGCAUACCACAUUCGAUUUGUUUAGUGCUGGUACAGAAUCUGUCAGCACAACUUUGCGUUACGGACUGUUGAUUUUGCUCAAACACGCAGAUGUUGAAGAACGAAUCCACAAAGAGAUAGACCAUGUCAUUGGCCGGAACCGGGCUCCUUGUAUUGAAGAUCGGUCUCGUAUGCCAUAUAUGGAUGCUGUGAUCCAUGAGAUUCAGAGAUUCAUUGACCUUGCCCCAAUGGGAGUCCCACACAAAGUAACUUGUGAUGUGCACUUCAGAGAUUUCAUCAUUCCAAAGGACACCACUGUGUAUACCGUGCUCGGCUCUGUUCUCCGAGACCCCAAGCAGUUUAAAUAUCCCAAUGAGUUUAAUCCUGGACAUUUCUUGGAUGAAAAUGGGAAGUUCCGUAGGAAUGAUGGAUACAUGCCCUUCUCUUCAGGGAAGCGGAUGUGUCUGGGCGAAGGUCUUGCAAAAAUGGAGCUCUUCUUGUUUCUCACUACAAUUUUACAGAACUUCACCUUGAAAUCCCCGGUAGACCCACAAGACCUAGACCUUACACCACAAAUGAGUGGAUUUGGAAACGUCCCACCUUCCUAUGAACUGUGCUUCCUGCCUCGUUAAUCAAUUGGACUAUUGAACUUUAUAUUGUACUUGUUAUUUUGAGUUUCAAACCGGAAAUGCGCCUUCUAACACAGUGAAAGCAUAUAUUUACAUAUAUAUAUAUAUAUAUAUAU